GUCGAUCGGGUACUGUUGCGAAGGACUUGAAAGACUCCUGUGAUGCUGCCUGGGGCCGUGCACGAGAGCUUGCCUCCGAAUUGGGAGAGGCUCAUGCUGCCAUCGCAAGAAGGCGUGCUCAGGAGCAGCCUGGUGUGGUGGCAGUGCUGAAAUCUGAGCUGCAGGAGGCGGAAGCACAGGAAGCACACGGCAUGGAAGAACUGGCCCAAGUGCGUAGCGAAUGUGCAGAAGACCUGGCCGAGCAUGCCAAGCUCUGCCAAAUGCUUGCAGCUCUGCAAAACGGGUCCGAGGUGACCCGAACUCUGCAACAAGCGAGUGAGCCAGAGGCAGCACAGCAGAGCUGGCUGCCGAGUUUCCUUCCAAGCUGGCUGACUGGAGCAACUGCGCUUGAACAAGGUGCCACUGUCACGGCUCCGUAG